UCAGCGCAAACCCUGUGCACCGAGGUCGCCUGUGUGACAGAUCCAGAGUUCAUUGUACACUCCGGAGAAGUCCAAACAUUGCAAAAUGCAUGAUCACCGGGGCCAGUGAGAGUCUCCAGGUAUGCUGUGAGCUGGCACAGGUGAUAGCCCCGGUCACUGCACAGGUGAUAGCUCAGGUGACGCAGCAGCAGCAGCCAUGGCAGCUGAUGUGCACAACCAGCCGUGGGAGUCGUCCAGUGACCGCCUGACCGUGGAGUCGCCUAACGACCGCGUGACCGUGGAGUCGUCCAAUGGCGGCCUCAGCGUCGAGUCGUCCAAUGACGGCCUGACCGUGGAGUCGUCCAAUGACCGCCUGACAGUGGAGUCGUCCAAUGGCGGCCUCAGCGUCGAGUCGUCCAAUGGCGGCCUGACCGUGGAGUCGUCCAAUGACCGCCUGACAGUGGAGUCGUCCAAUGGCGGCCUCAGCGUAGAGUCGUCCAAUGGCGGCCUCAGCGUAGAGUCGUCCAAUGGCGGCCUCAGCGUAGAGUCGUCCAAUGGCGGCCUCAGCGUAGAGUCGUCCAAUUGGGGCCUGACCGUGGAGUCGUCCAAUGACCGCCUGACCGUGGAACGCUUGCGCACGGACCGGGCCGACAGCCCAACCCCCGGGCUGGUGGAGGGAACCGAGCCAGGUGCUGGUGGGCAGCAGUCGGCCAUGUUUGUCCACACCCAGUCGUUUGAUGACUUGACGGCCGACACAGAGGGAGAGGCGGAGCCAGAGCCGGCGGAGGGGGAGGAGUUAACUCAGGAGGAGGAGGGGCUUACUCAGGAGGAGGAGGAAGAGGAGGGGCCAGAUGACGAUGCGUGUCAGGUGGUUGCCGAGCAGCCCGAGGGGGCGGAGCCUGUGCGCGGAGGGGGGCGGGACAAGGAGGAGGACGUGACCAGUGAGGCGUGGCGGGCGCACAGGAAGCACGUGUUCGUGCUGAGCGAGGCGGGGAAGCCCAUCUGGUCGCGCUACGGCACCGAGGAGGCGCUCUCCUCCACCAUGGGCGUCAUGAUGGCGCUCGUCUCCUUCAUAGAGGCCAGCAAGAACGCCAUACGCUCCAUCCAGGGAGACGGCUACAGGGUGGUGUUCCUGCGCAAGUCUCCCCUGGUGCUCGUGGGCGUGUCUCAGGGCAGCCAAUCGGACGCGGCGCUCCUGCGCGAGCUCCAGUACGUGUACUUCCAGAUCGUGAGCCUGCUGACGCUGGCGCAGCUGCAGCGGCUGUUCCAGAGCAAGCAGAACUACGACCUGCGCCGCCUGCUCUCCGGCUCAGAGCACCUGACGGCCAGCCUGCUGCGGCUGCUGGAGCGCGACCCCGGACCCACACUUAGUGCCGUCACCUGCCUGCCCCUCCCUGCAGCCGCACGAGACGUCAUCUCCAGCACCCUGCAGCAGCAGGCGCGAGCGCGUUCGCUGGUGUUCUCUCUGCUCUUGGCGGGCACUCAGCUGGUCAGUCUGGUGCGUAAGCGCGACCAGCACCUGCACCACGUGGACCUGCACCUGCUCCUGAACCUGGUCACUUCCUCCUCGUCCGCCUUCCGCGAGGGCGAGGGCUGGACGCCCGUGUGCCUGCCCAAGUUCAACACCGCCGGAUUCUUCCACGCGCACGUGUCCUACCUGUUGCCCGGCGACGACCUGUGUCUGGUCCUGCUGUCCACCGAGCGCGAGGACUUCUUCGCUCUGAGCGCGUGCAAACGGCGCUUCCUGGAGCGGCUGCAGAAGCGCAGUGCCUUCGGCGUCCUGAAGGAGGCGCUGGCGAGCCCCAGCUACCCCGUCACCCACGUGGGCAUCCCAGAGCUGCGCCACUUUGUGUACAAGUCCAAGAGCUCGGGCCUCUACACCAGUCCUGAGUUGCUGUGUCCCUACAGUAGUGUGGAGGAGCGUGAGCGCCUGAUGAGUUUAUACCAGCAGCUGCACAGCCGCCUGCACCACCCCACACGCACCCUAGUGGCCAGCUACCACACCACACACACCGAGAACCUCUACGCCAGGGUGACGAGUGGGUUUGAGCUCUACCUCUGCUUCAGCCCGCUGGGCACCAAGGCGGUUGCCGAGGCAGCGGUCAACAAGCUGCUCAAGUGGAUCCGGCGCGAGGAGGACCGCCUCUUCAUCCUGUCCCCGCUCACCUACUGAGCACGCUCAGUACACGCUCACCUACUGAGCACGCUCAGUACACGCUCACCUACUGAGCACGCUCAGUCCCCGCUCACCUACUGAGCACGCUCAGUCCCCGCUCACCUACUGAGCAUGCUCAGUACACGCUCACCUACUGAGCACGCUCAGUCCCCGCUCACCUACUGAGCAUGCUCAGUACACGCUCACCUACUGAGCAUGCUCCGUACGCCCACGCCUCUUCAUCUUGUCCCCGCUCACCUACUGAGCAUGCUCAGUCCCCGCUCACCUACUGAGCGCCCCGCUCACCUACUGAGCACGCUCAGUCCCCGCUCACCUACUGAGCAUGCUCAGUCCCCGCUCACCUACUGAGCACGCUCAGUACACGCUCACCUACUGAGCAUGCUCCGUACGCCCGCGCCUCUUCAUCCUGUCCCCGCUCACCUACUGAGCAUGCUCCGUACGCCUGCGCCCGGCCCCGCCUCUCAACUGAGGUCAUAGGUCGGAGGUCACGGAGGCCGGAUUCCCAGCUGUCCUCUCUUCCCAGACGCCAGCCUUAAUCUCACACUCCACAGCAGUCCCACAUCCAGGGCGUGUGUGUGUGUGUGUGUGUGUAUAACCAGACUUUAACACAUGGGAGACUCCUAUGCUUUUCUGUGUGUGUGUGUGUGUGUGUGUGUGUGUGUGUGUGUGUGUGUGUGUGUGUGUGUGUGUGUGUGUGUGUGUGUGUGUGUGUGUGUGUGAGAGUGACUCCCCAUAGGGGCGGGCCACACAGAUUCUGUAUCGGGGUCCUGGGGCUCUCUGAUUGGGUUUCUGGACCUCAGCGCUCUGAUUGGUUGUGUUCUGUACUGUAGUGCAAUACUCUGGAGGUCCAGGACCCUCAGGAACCAGAACCAGAAACAUACCCCCCCCCCCCCAACCACACUAGAAUGCCUGUGUCCAAUCAGAAAUCCCCUACCCCCCACCCCCACCUACUACACUCCCCUCACUCUCUGACCCUGACGAUCAACAUAUCUGCAAUAACACAUCACAUCACAGCCCAGCACAGUCCAGCCCAGUGACACAUCAGUCCAGCCCAAUAACUGCUCCCAGCACAGUCCAGCACAGCCCAAUAACACAUCACAGCACAGUCCAGCCCAAUAACACAUCACAGCCCAAUAACACAUCACAGCACAGUCCAGCCUAAUAACUGCUCCCAGCACAGCACAGCACAGCCCAAUAACACAUCACAGCCCAAUAACACAUCACAGCACAGCACAGUCCAGCCCAAUAACACAUCACAGCCCAGCACAGUCCAGCCCAAUAACACAUCACAGCCCAGUAACACAUCACAGCCCAGUAACACAUCACAGCCCAAUAACACAUCACAGCCCAAUAACACAUCACAGCCCAAUAACACAUCACAGCCCAGUAACACAUCACAGCCCAAUAACACAGCACAGCCCAAUAACACAUCACAGCCCAAUAACACAUCACAGCACAGCACAGUCCAGCCCAAUAACACAUCACAGCCCAAUAACACAUCACAGCCCAGUAACACAUCACAGCCCAAUAACACAUCACAGCCCAAUAACACAUCACAGCCCAGCACAGUCCAGCCCAAUAACACAUCACAGCCCAAUAACACAUCACAGCCCAGUAACACAUCACAGCCCAAUAACACAUCACAGCCCAAUAACACAUCACAGCCCAAUAACACAUCACAGCCCAAUUACACAUCACAGCCCAAUUACACAUCACAGCCCAAUAACACAGCACAGCCCAAUAACACAUCACAGCCCAAUAACACAUCACAGCCCAAUAACACAUCACAGCCCAAUAACACAUCACAGCCCAAUAACACAUCACAGCCCAGUAACACAUCACAGCCCAGUAACACAUCACAGCCCAGUAACACAUCACAGCCCAGUAACACAUCACAGCCCAAUUACACAUCACAGCCCAAUAACACAUCACAGCCCAGUAACAGAGCUCCCAGCCCAACACAGGUGUAGCCAACUGAGCAUCUUCCUUUAUGUGAUGCUGUGUGACUCUGAGAUCAUCCGUCAUCAUCUCACCUGUCUCCUAGUGUACCUGUAGAGAUCAUCCGUCAUCAUCUCACCUGUCUCCUAGUGUACCUGUAGAGAUCAUCCGUCAUCAUCUCACCUGUCUCCUAGUGUACCUGUAGAGAUCAUCCUUUAUCAUCUCACCUGUCUGCUAGUUCACCUGUAGAGAUCAUCCUUCAUCAUCUCACCUGUCUGCUAGUUCACCUGUAGAGAUCAUCCUUCAUCAUCUCACCUGUCUGCUAGUGUACCUGUAGAGAUCAUCCGUCAUCAUCUCACCUGUCUCCUAGUGUACCUGCAGAGAUCAUCCUUUAUCAUCUCACCUGUCUCCUAGUGUACCUGCAGAGAUCAUCCUUUAUCAUCUCACCUGUCUCCUAGUUCACCUGUAGAGAUCAUCCUUCAUCAUCUCACCUGUCUGCUAGUGUACCUGUAGAGAUCAUCCUUUAUCAUCUCACCUGUCUGCUAGUUCACCUGUAGAGAGCUCUGACCACAUGACGGGUCACAUGACAGGUAGUCCCAGAGGCUCAUGGGACACUUGUGUUGUUGCAAAUUCAGUGACAUCAACACAGGAUAUAUAGCUACCUUCACAGAGACAGAGUGGACACACACACACACACACACACACACACACACACACACACAC